UGUUUUGCUGGUGGUCGACUGCGGCUUUCUAUUUUCUACUGCUGUCGUUGGUAAAAAGCAAAACAAACAGUGCUGAAUGUCAUUGCCUGUACUAGGUGUACCUAGAAGUACUGCAGUAAGUCAAUAAGGGGCAUUUUCAUGGGCCAAGUCAAUAAUUAUACAACCAAGCAGCAAGGGCAAAAGUAUCGCAAAAAUACACGACAGUGAAAAAGUCAACAUUAUAGAAAAGCAGAUGAAAUACUGUACUGUAAAGACUCCUGGGGAUCUGGGAGGUCACCAACAACCACCAGAGCUGACGCAGCACAAAUCCAACAACAAAUGAAGCCAAACACCAGGAAGUGGGUCAUCCUCACGUGCAAUGGGCUCCAGUUCAGCCUAAAGUCACCAUUCAGAAAAGGUCACGGAGGUAAAGGUGAGAAAACGGCCUUGCUCAGCACUUUUUAAGUUCGCUCCAAUUUGGUAAGUUACUUCUUCCAUUAAUGUUUAGACUGCUAUUGUUCAGUAUGCAGAAAAUAAUUAGCUCCUGUUUGAACUGUCACAGUGUUAAUAAACAUACUGUGGUUAACCAGUACUGAGGGGGGUGGAUCAGAACCAGCAAAGCUAUGAACCAGUGUCAGUUCUGUUCUUGGCUUUGCACCGAGUCACUUGUUGGUGCAAACGCGACCCGCAGGCUGCUUAUACUACAGCCUUUACUGCAGACUUUAAUGAGGGGCUUUACUGGAGCAGUAAACUCCACGAUAACCCUUUGCUCCUCUUCGGUUUCUGCAGGUUGACCAAGUGUAAAGUCCAGGCGCUUCAUAGCUUCAUAAGCAUAAGAAUGUGUUUAGGUGGCACAUCCUGACACUGUAAACGAGCCUGUAAAGAGCUGCUUUAUGGAUCUCCUACGUUUGAUUCCCGCCGUGCAUGAGAAGUGACUAAUAGAGGCUGUUUUUUUCUGGCACAAUGACAGAUAGUAAAGAUCUCUAUCUCCACAGGCGGGUUUGUGUCUCAUGCACCUUGGCACCAGCGUCUUCACAUCCUCAUUAUCUGUACAGUACUUACAGUACUAGCACAUUCUACUCUCACCACCUCCUGGUGAUGGUGUUGCUCCUGCUCCAUCAUUUGGAUUCACACAUGCUUUAACUGAUUCCCUUCAAGAUCAGUUGAAGCAAUGCACCUUGGGAUGUCAAAUGCCAGCACUAUAAAUGCACUUGGUCGCUGUGACCAUGUCAUUGUGUCAUGGUGACAUCAGAGAGUCAACCUACUGUAGCAAGCUGGGCUUCACACCCAGUUACAGAUGUGAUUGUUAAAGUUAGAGAGGCAUGACGUACGGACAUCUACAUAAAAAGCCUCCUGCAUAAAAAGCCUAAUUAUACCAAACAUCACUGAAUGAUUGAGCAGCUUCUCUUUACUUCACUGCACUUAUUAACUCUUUCGUUUUAUCUCGUCUUUCAGCCUUCACACAUUCGGUCAAACACUUGUACUUGCAGGGUUCAGCGGAGGAACGGGACGGACGAGGGCCCGAGUCUUCGCCCCGGCUGGAGGCUCACAGCUGACAAAGCGGAGACUUGGCUGUUUGGCUUGGAUGCACCUGCGGCCUCAUCCAGCCUGACGCCUCAUGCUGCUCGUUACACAAGCACUCGCAUUCCUCGGCUCCAAUCAGCAGGGCCCGCACCUACUGUGCAAGUGCGAAUCAGGGACGGGACAGAAAAAGGAUUAUUAGGAAUUAUUACAGACAUUUGGUUCAUAUAGAACACCUUCUUUCGCUGACGUCUACAGACCUUUAAAGCACCUGGACUUUUCUGCUUAUUACAAAGUUUAUCACUACAUUCAGUAGAACUCAAAACUCAAAUUUUUUCACUACAUAAUAUAAGAACUAAUUUUUUUACUGAAUAUUGCGGUAUCUGUUAUGAACAGCCCAUAACAGAAUGGGCAGUUGUGAUGCAUUUCUACACUGAGGGAUGUCACUACUUAAAGUCAGAACUAAAAGUUUUUCAUUACAUAAAGUCAGAACUCAAAGUUUUUCAUUACAUAAAGUCAGAACUCAAAGUUUUUCAUUACAUAAAGUCAGAACUCAACGUUUUUCAUCACAUAAAGUCAGUUUUUACACAAAGUCAGAACUUAACAUUUUCUACACAAAGUCAGAAUUCAAAGUUUUUUUACAUAAAGUCAGAAGUCAAAGUUUUUUACACAAAGUCAGAAGUCAAAGUUUUUUACACAAAGUCAGAAUUCAAAGUGUUUUUACAUAAAGUCAGAAGUCAAAGUGUUUUACACAAAGUCCGAAUUCAAAGGUUUUUUUACAUAAAGUCAGAAGUCAAAGUUUUUUACACAAAGUUAGAACUUAACAUUUUCUACACAAAGUCAGAACUGAACAUUUUCUACACAAAGUCAGAACUCAACAUUUUCUACACAAAGUCAGAAUUCAAAGUUUUUUUACAUAAAGUCAGAAGUCAAAGUUUUUUACACAAAGUCAGAAGUCAAAGUUUUUUACACAAAGUCAGAAUUCAAAGUGUUUUUACAUAAAGUCAGAAGUCAAAGUGUUUUACACAAAGUCCGAAUUCAAAGGUUUUUUUACAUAAAGUCAGAAGUCAAAGUUUUUUACACAAAGUUAGAACUUAACAUUUUCUACACAAAGUCAGAACUGAACAUUUUCUACACAAAGUCAGAACUCAACAUUUUUUACACAAAGUCAGAAUUCAAAGUUUUUUUACAUAAAGUCAGAAGUCAAAGUUUUUUACACAAAGUCAGACCUUAACAUUUUCUACACAAAGUCAGAACUCAACAUUUUCCACACAGUCAGAAGUCAAAGUUUUUUACACAAAGUCAGAAUUCAAAGUUUUUUUUACAUAAAGUCAGAAGUCAAAGUUUUUUACAUAAAGUCAGAACUCAAAGGUGCCCUGUUUCGGAGGGAAGCAGUAUCUGUGGGGCUGGCGCGGCAAGCCGGGGAGGGGCGCAUUUCCAUAAAGGCGAAGAGUUGUGUCACUCAAGCUGUAAGAAUCUGGCCCCACAGUGGAUUUUAUGGGUUUUUACUUUCUGUUAUGACCAGUAGCACACACAAAGUUUUCUACACAUAAAGUCAGGACUCAAAGUUUUUUUACAAGACGUCAUAACUCAAAGGUGCCCCAUUUUGUAGGGGAACAGUAUCUAUGGGGCUGGGUGCAUUUCUACACAGGACAAAGAGUUGCGUCACUCAAGCUAUAAGAAUCUGGCCACAAACUGGAUUUUUACAUCCUGGUAUGACCAGUAGCACACAAAGUCAGUACUCAAAGGUGGCCUGUUUCGGAGGGAAACGGUAUCUGUUGGGCUGGGCACGGCCAGCCGCACAUAAUGUAUUACGAUUGGUAGACCAUAGACUGUUUUUUAGACAUAAAGUCUCUCUGUGGUGGCUCCCUUCUUACAGCACUGGCUUGGGAAGAAAGCUGACAAUAGUACAGUACCUGUGUGACCUUAGUACCUGCGUGACCUUAGUACCUGCGUGACCUUAGUACCUGCGUGACCUUAGUACCUGCGUGACCUUAGUACCUGCGUGACCUUAGUACCUGCGUGACCUUAGUACCUGCGUGACCUUAGUACCUGCGUGAGUGAUGGCCUUGUUUACAUGACAAAAGCAAUCGUUUACAGCAUGUCGGACAGAGCGAGGGUUUUUUUGCCCACUGGCCUAGGUGUGUAAGUGUCAAGUGACCCCUUCUCAAUGUGCUAGUGUUAAAGGAGGAGCUGACGAAGCACAAGGAAGAGAAUCACACACAUUUUAACUUAACCCUGAAUCUUGACUCCUUUUAAACUGUUAAACUCAAAUAAUGCUGAUUAAAUCAAACAGCAGACACAUGUCAGAUAACCAAAGUAAACUGAACUCACGCUCACACACAGUCCCCCCACCCACCCCUUCAUAUCAGCAGCCAAUAAGGAGCAGGGAGGGGGAUUUGGGUGCAAAGUCAGAGGUGAGCGGGGCUUAGUGACGUUCCCACUCUAGAUGCGGGACCUCGCUCUCUAGGAGCCAUUCGAAGGCAGGCGUUCUGUUGGCGGUGCACAGCGGGGACUCGGCCACCUCAGCGCUCGGCGACGGCGCUGCUAAUGCUUCUGGAGGGGUAGACUCCACUUCUGAGAAUCCAAAGUUCAGGAAAAGCUGCUGGAAUUUCAGAGCUGAUUACUCCCUGCAGCUCGCUGCUGCAGCCAGACGAGCUUUUUCGCUGUUUUGAAGCACUCUUUGGAACAUUCUUCAAUCAAAAUGACACUAUAACGUGUUUGCUAUUCAAGUGAAAGAGACUCACUCACUCACCAGGUAAGUCCAGCGCUGCUGAUGCCCUUUGCCUUGCUGUCACUGGCGUUACUGGUGUUUUCUCCACAGGUGCUAGAGCCCCGCUCUCUGUUGAAGGAGCUCUGUCCGCGUCGCCCCAUGGCGUUUGGGGACCUCCUGGAGCAGGUGGGGGGCACCGGGCGCUUCCAGGUGCUGCACGUGACCCUGCUCAGCAUCCCCGUCCUGAUGCUGGCCAGCCACAACCUGCUGCAGAACUUCGUGGCCGCCGUGCCGGCCCACUACUGCAGCCUGCACGCCAACCUGUCCCACCUCCAGCUGAGCCCGGAGGAGGCGCUGCAGGUCACGGUGCCGCUGGACCCCAAGGGGAGGCCCCAGCGCUGCCGGCGCUACGCCGCCCCGCAGUGGCACCUCCUGGCCGAGAACGCCAGCGACGGCGCCGAGGGGCCGGGCGCCGCCGAGCUGCAGGGCUGCGCCGACGGCUGGUCCUACAACAUGAGCGACAUGGGAUCCACCAUCGUAUCCGACUGGGAUCUGGUGUGUGACCUCCGCUCGCUGAAGGAAAUGGGCCAAACCGUGUACAUGGGGGGAGUGCUGGUGGGAGCUCUGGUCUUCGGGGCCCUGUCAGACAAAUACGGCCGCCGCAUCCUGCUGCUGAUCUCCUACCUGCUGAUGGCCGUGUCGGGGACCUGCGUGGCCUACUCCACCUCCUUCUCCUACUACUGCCUGUUCCGGUUCGGUUGUGGGAUGGCGCUGUCCGGCCUGGGCCUCAACACCUUCUCACUCAUUGUGGAGUGGAUCCCCACUCGCGUGCGGACCGUGGUCGGCACGGCAACGGGCUACUGCUACACAGUGGGCCAGCUGCUGCUGGCCGUCAUAGCCUACUUCAUCCGGGACUGGAGGUGGCUCACCCUGGCCGUGUCCCUGCCCUUCUACGUCUUCUUCCUCUACUCAUGGUGGUUCCACGAGUCCUCGAGGUGGCUGGCGCUGAGCAACCGGCCCGAGCAGGCCAUCAAGAACCUCCAAAGCGUGGGCAGGUUCAACGGACGCCACGAAGAGGCCGAAAAGAUCGACGUCAAAAGGCUGGAGGAGUCCAUGAAGAAGGAGAUGUCCUGCACGCAGGGCUCCCACACGGUCCUGGAUCUGUUCCGCACGCCCGUGAUGAGGAGGAUGACGCUCUUCCUCAGCGCCGUGUGGCUCUCCACCAGCUUCGCCUACUACGGCCUCGCCAUGGACCUGCAGAAGUUCGGCGUGGACAUCUACCUGAUCCAGGUGAUCUUCGGCGCCGUGGACAUCCCCGCUAAGGUGGUCAUCACGGUGUCCAUGAGCUUCCUGGGCCGGCGUCCGUCACAGGCCGGGGCUCUGAUCAUCGCUGGGAUCACCAUACUGAUCAACCUACUGGUGCCCUACGAUAAGCAGACGAUCCGCACGUGUCUGGCCGUCGUGGGUAAAGGCUGCCUCGCGGCGUCCUUCAACUGCUGCUUCCUUUACUCCGGAGAGCUGUACCCGACCAUCAUCCGGCAGAACGGCAUGGGCUGGGUGUCCAUGAUGGCCCGCGUGGGAGCCAUGCUGGCCCCGAUGGUGCUCCUCACAGGCGACCACCUGCCCUGGCUGCCGGGCCUGAUCUACGGCGGCGCUCCCAUCGUGAGCGGCGUCGCCGCAGUGUUCCUUCCGGAAACGCUCGGCACGCCGCUCCCUGACAGCAUCCAGGACGUGGAGGACAGGGGAUCUGGGAAAAGCUCCAAAAUGUCAGCAAGGGAAACAAUAAUGUUACAAGACACGGAGGGAAGCUUCCUAAAGCAGGCUGCCUGAGGGCGUUUGGAUUGUACUCCUGAUGUUGUGCUGGCAUGUUAAUGAAAGCAGAGCGGGAGCCAUUUCUCUGGCCUGUUUAUUUGAUUUUCAGGAAGACGUUAUUGUCUCUUGUGACUGUUGGACAAUUAGAGAUGCAAUGGUUUUUCGGACAGGUCAAUACAGUGAAGACAUGUUGCAACAAUCACACCCCAGUUUAUUUGUUAUAUAAGCCUUUUACAUGUUAAAUGGGUUUUUUAAUGCUUUCACUGGUGUUUGUAUGACUUCUUAUUGCUUUAUGUACAAUCCUGCAGAUUUAAACGUGUAUUGUCAUUAAAUUUUCAGAUUAUUCAUUUUA